AGAGGUCCGUUGUGUCACGAGCAGCGUCCCGCCGGAGGGAGAGAGGGAGGGGUCCCAAACACAGUUUCUGUGUUGAGCUGCUGGAAAAUUGCAUUUCGUGCUUAUGCCUUACAUGUGCAGCUUCACUGUCGAAAACAAGCGCCGAGAUUACUGCAGGUAAAUUAGUCUACACUCCUCUAGAGCCGACUGAGACUAAUCUUCGGGAGCAUGGAGCUGGAUCGGCGGCUGCUGCUGGCUCACUGCGCCGCGCACGCCCUCUCCGUUAUCGCGGGACUCCUGGUGGUCGUGCCGCUCGCUCUUAACGGAUCCGCUUUCAAGGGGAGGUGCGUGCUGUUUAGUCAGGGCUUCUGGCGGACGGAAAACCUGACGGUGGGCGAGGGAGAGUCCCGAGAGGUCACUCAUCUGGUGCUGCAGCAGUGGGGUCCGUUAGCGGCGUGCCAGUUCGCCACAUUCGUGGGCGUGUUCACCGUGCUGUACGGCGCUGUUCAGGGCUGGAGGAGCCUGUUCUACCUCCACCGGCGGCACGACGACACACUCUUCUCUGCCUUCCUCACUCUGCUGCUGAGUCUGUGUGUGCUCUUCCUCUCUGGAGGGGCCAGUGUUACUCUCACCCUGGGCCUGGUGUCCUGGUGCAACACUGUUACGGACCACAACACCAGACCCUACAGUUGUGCUGAGUCUCAGUCUGUUCCUCUGUAUCUGGACGUUGAGACGUCCUCGUUCUACUCUGAGCUCAAUUGUGCACAGAUCUCUCUGUGGUGUGUGACAGCUCUGUGGUUGGCUCACUCUAUUUUGUCCUUCCUGAGGCUCUAUCAUUCUCACAGUCAGCAGAUCAGCAGACCCUGUUUAUCCAGGGAGAAGGAACUCCUCCUGGGCCAAACUCAAGUGGAGUGUCCCAUUCAUCAUCAUCAUCCUCAUCCACACUUGCACCCUUCACACACUCCCAGUGCCAUACAGUGUUCAUAGAAGUUGUACUUUGAGGUUGAUCUGAGGCCAGUGUUAGUGAUGGGAAAGACUGGUCAAAGAUUAGCAUAAAAGGGAAUUAACAUUUUAUCUAAACAGACAAUCCUCACAAUUCUCAUGCAUGUUACAUCUCAGUGAUUGGAAUUAGCCUUGGUUUAAUCUAUUUGUUACUUUUUAUGCAUUUAAGAAGUUGCUUACAUUGAGGUAAAAUGUUUUGUGUGCACCCAUUUAUAAGUUUGCCAUAACAAAUGUCAAAUGAUUGUCAAAAAUCAUUAUAUAUAUAUAUAUAUAUAUAUAUAUAUAUAUAGAACAGACCAAUAGUUUGGACACACCUUCUAUUUCAAACAGUUUUCUUUAUUUUCAUGACUAUAAAAAUUGUAGAUUCACACUGAAGGCAUCAAAACUAUGAAUUAACACAUGUGGAAUUAUAUACAUAACAAAAAAGUGUGAAACAACUGAAAAUAUGUCAUAUUCUAGUUUCUUCAAAGUAGCCUCCUUUAGCUUUGAUUACUGCUUUGCACACUCUUGGCAUUCUCUUGAUGAGCUUCAAGAGGUAGUCACCUGAAAUGGUCUUCCAACAGUCUUGAAGGAGUUCCCCGAGAGAUGCUUAGCACUUGUUGGCCCUUUAGCCUUCUGUCUGCGGUCCAGCUCACCCCUAAACCAUCUCGAUUGGGUUCAGGUCCGGUGACUGUGGAGGCCAGGUCAUCUGGCGCGGCACCCCAUCACUCUCCUUCUUGGUCAAAUAGCCCUUGAUGCCUUCUGUGUGAAUCUACAAUUUUCAUAGUCAUGAAAAUAAAGAAAACUCUUUGAAUGAGAAGGUGUGUCCAAACUUUUGUUCUGUACUUUAUAUAUAUAGCAUUAAUAAUGCAUUGCUCUUGCAUAUGCAAGAUAUCGUCUAACUUUAUAUGUUCAGCCAUAUAAUGUGAAUUUUAAGUGAAUGGGAAGGAAAGACUAGCCCGUUGCAUGUGCUCAAGUCUGACCCAUGCUUGUUUUGUACUGUGUACUGUAUACGUGUACCUUUUUUUUCAUAGCCAGUGUUACUGUCACUCAAACCAGACGUUCUCUUUCUAAUCUGGUGAAGGUUUCUUAUAUGAAGCUGUUUGUGUUGAUGCAAGCUCCUGGUCCAAAAUCCACUUUUGCUAGAUAUUGCAUCAUGUAGUUUAUGUGAUGGAAAUUCAAAGACAAGGUGAAGCUGAAAAAAACAAGAAUGUUGCUCAUCUUUCUGAAUCUGGAACCUUUGUCCUGGAGGUUUGUUGUGAAACACAAACAGUUGAAUAAGAAACAGGAGGGAGAUGAGAGAAAUGUUCAUUUAUGGUUUGUAAAGGAUGAUGAGUGUGUUUUUACUGCUGUUUGUAUCCAUUAUGUCCUAUUUAAAAGCUCUUUUAACUUGAGUAAAGGUAGUACAUG